AUGGCAGAUGAUGAUGAUGAUAUUGAGGAAGAAACUGAAGUUCCUGCAGUGCGUGAUGAUGAGGUCCAAGAGACAAUAAGUCCAGCUGUAGAAAAACCUUUAGCGCCGCCUAAGUAUGAAGUACGCCCAGGUCUUGGUGAAAAAUUCCAAGCGGCCAACGUAAAGGAAAUAAUACUGACGAUAAUGCAGGAACAACUGAUGGGUCGCCAGUACAGGUCCGACCAGGCCGCCAGAUGGGUCAAAGUCAUAGCAAAUGGCAUACGACAGAGGGUACAAGAACUUGAUAUGAAAAGAUACAAGAUCGUUGUACAAUCGACAAUAAUAGAAAUGAAGGGCGCAGGCGUGAAGUGCGGACAGAGAUGUAUUUGGGACCCGGAGACUGACGACUACACGGACGCGACGUAUAGGAACGAAACUAUAUUCUGUUACACGACUGUCUAUGGUAUUUAUAUGUACUGA